UAUAAAAACUUAAUGAUACAAUGCUGGGAUGCUAGCCCAUCAAAAAGACCUGAUAUUAAUACACUUUUAGAUGAAAUUGACAAACUUAAUUUUCAUUAUCAAAAUAACUCAAAUGAAUCAACUAAAUUAGAAGAAAAUGAUAGAUCGGAAACGAAUAGUUUAGAAAAUUAUACUAGCAAUAGCAAGUUAUUUACAAGUAAAGUUCAUCAAUUUGAAAAUCUUUCUGAACCAAGAAAUGCAACAGAAGGUAUUUAUUAUAAUAUUAAAUACAUUAAAAGAAAAAAGUUUAAUACUAACUAA